CGCGCGCACAGCACACACAGACCAACCGACAGCUGACUAGCCCAGCCGGGUAGAGCGAGAGGGAGAGGUGGGGAACGAAACGACAGACGGUGGAAUUGCAUGGAAGACUCACCGCACUCUUGUAGAAACACCGAUAUUGAAACACCUGAGGCUGGAGCUGCUGUGAUCUGAGGCACUGUCCCUACAUGCCUGUACCAGUCUAAGGACUCCAGUAGUUGCUUUCAAACACACCAUCUCCACAUUACCACAGAACCAUAGGGUCCAACCCUGGCCUCUGCUCCAAGGAGCCACCUAACCACCCUCCACACCCAUUGAUGGUUCUAGAAGAAGAUCUGAGCUGCUUGUGUCCCACACGACGGCAGGCCAUGCAUUUUGCCUAAACCCAUCCUCCCUCUUCCUCUCAACCAAUCCGAGGCAGCCAUGAACCCCCAGGAGGCGGAGUUAGGCCAGGAACUGAGCGAGGACGUGGAAGCCGACUUGCCCCCUCCUCAACGCCGUCGCCACGACAACAACACUGCCACAAACAGCAGGCGACCCCGGCAGCCUAGCAACCAUAGUAGUGAAAACAACAACCAUGCUGCACCGCGCUACAGGAGGUAUAAUGAGGCCCCUGGUGCAGGUGGCAGCAGAAUCAGAGGAGCCCCACAGCGGAGGUCAACAGAGGAGCCAGAGGCAGAGCUGCACCAGGGAGCCCAGUCUCCUCCCCAGCAGCCCCAGCCUCAGCCCCAGCAGGCCCAGGGUCAGUCUCUGCCCAUCCCGCGACCUGCAGUGACACGUUACCGCAGACAGGAGGACAGUGAGGCCAGGCUCAGAGCACAGCAGCAGAGACACACACAGAGACAGCAGAGAGAGGCUGAGAGGGCCCAGCAACAACAACCACCUCCACCAGGCCCACAGCCUGUUCACUCUCUACCCCCACAACCAGAUGAGCCGGAGGAACAACCACCUCCACCAGGCCCACAGCCUGUUCACUCUCUACUCCCACAACCAGAUGAGCCGGAGGAGGAUGAGGGGGAGAGAGAGGGGGAGAGAGGGUGAUGAUUAUGCAUUAGCUCGUUCUGCUAGCACGGAAAGCGGUUUCCACACACACACAGACCGGGCGGAGGGCGACGCCGUCAUGGCACUAGAUCCUGAGGCAGAGGACGACUGCGGUACCUACGAGGUGACGCUUCGCCCAGAGGCAGAGGGAUACACAGAGAGUGCUGAGUCAGAGCAACCCCACCCCAACCUGAACCUCAACUACCCCCCUCUGCCCCCUCCCUUACCCCGGGAACCCCUACCAGAUGUUGGGAGACCCCCCAGUCAGGAGGAGGCAGAGGAGACCCUGAACCCUGGAGGAGGUUACUCCAACUACGUGUACACCCAGCCUCUCUACCGCCGUGGGGGAGGGGCCAGCAGAAAAGGGGGGCGGGACUGCAGCGUGGAGGAAGGGGUGGAGCCAGAAGACGAGGCGUAUUCUGAAGCCUACGACUACUCCCUGACAGAACACGUCUACGAGGAGAUCGGCGACGCUCUCUCUUCUGCCGCAAAGGUUGCAGAGCCUAUGGACGCCAAUGAGAACCUCCAGCAGAGGAAAGCGGGGUUCCAUCUGUUUGAGGGGCGGGAAGGAGGCGGGGACUACCGACAGCAGGAGGCGGUGGGGUCACGGCUCCACCACUACGAUGAACGCUCGGACGGGGAGUCGGACAGCCCGGAGAAGGAGGCGGAGUUUGCUCCGUACCCACGGGCAGACAGUUGCGACCAGGACGGGGAAGAGGACAUCGACAUGAUCGUAGCCGAGGUCAGAGAGAGUCUCAGCUCUCAGAGUCUGGAGAGAGCUGCUGCCGGGCUACGGGAGGGAGGAGAGGAAGAGGACAUGAUGGAAGGAGGAGAGGAAGAGGAGGGAGAGUGGCCCGAAUCCGAACACGCUCACAAUUCUCAAUCCGAUGCGCCCACAGACUCCACAUACCGCAAGGGAGAGAUAGAAGGAGAGGGAGAGUCUGGGGUUCGUAACAGUCGUGAAAAGAGAGACGCCAUCUCCCUGGCCAUAAAGGACAUCAAGGAGGCCAUAGAAGAGGUGAAGACCAGGACGGUGAGGUCACCCUAUACCCCUGAUGAACCUAAAGAGCCCAUCUGGGUGAUGAGACAGGACCUGAGCCCCACCGCUGAGUGCUGUGACCUGCAGCCCUCACUAGGUGGCGACUCACCUUCUCCAGGAUCAGACUCUCAGGCCUCUCCUCAGGGGGCGGAGUCUUCCGUCCGGACGCCCAUGCUCGAGGGGAGUGACAGCUUCGAGUCUCCACCGCCCUCCACUAAAGAGUCCAGGAGAAGCCUCGCCUCCUUCCCUACCUAUGUAGACGUCCCGGGUCCGUGUGACCCAGAGGACCUGAUCGAUGGGAUCAUAUUUGCUGCUAACUACCUGGGCUCCACCCAGCUGCUGUCUGACAAGACGCCCUCCAAGAACGUCCGUAUGAUGCAGGCCCAGGAGGCCGUCAGCCACAUCAAGACGGCCCAGAAAUUAGCCAAAAACAAGAUGAAGACUCCAGAGGGUGAGGCCCAGCCCAUGACAGAGGUGGAUCUCUUCAUCUCCACCCAGAGGAUCAAAGUCCUCAAUGCUGACUCCCAGGAGACCAUGAUGGAUCACACCCUGAGGACUAUCUCAUACAUCGCUGACAUCGGCAACAUCGUGGUUCUGAUGGCGAGACGCCGUAUGCCCCGCCCAGACUCAACGGACAGUGUGGAGGUGUCUGAACCUGACCAGGAGGAGAAACAAAGCCAGUACAAGAUGAUUUGUCACGUUUUCGAGUCGGAGGAUGCCCAGCUGAUAGCCCAGUCUAUAGGCCAGGCCUUCAGUGUGGCGUACCAGGAGUUCUUGAGGGCCAAUGGCAUCAACCCAGAGGAUCUGAGUCAGAGAGAAUACAGUGAUCUGCUCAACACUCAGGACAUGUACAAUGAUGACCUCAUACACUUCUCCAAGUCUGAGAACUGCAAAGAUGUUUACAUUGAGAAGCAGAAGGGUGACAUUCUGGGCGUGGUGAUUGUGGAGAGUGGGUGGGGCUCCAUCCUGCCCACAGUCAUCAUCGCCAACAUGAUGCAUGCUGGUCCAUCUGAGAAGUCUGGUCGUCUGAACAUCGGAGACCAGAUCAUGUCUAUCAACGGGACCAGUCUGGUAGGACUACCCCUGUCUACCUGCCAGACUAUCAUUAAGGGUCUGAAGAACCAGUCUCGUAUCAAGCUGAACAUUGUAAGGUGUCCUCCCGUAACCACGGUGCUCAUCAGACGACCUGACCUCAGAUACCAGCUGGGCUUCAGCGUACAGAAUGGCAUUAUCUGCAGCCUUAUGCGAGGGGGCAUCGCUGAGAGGGGAGGAGUCAGGGUUGGCCACCGCAUCAUCGAGAUCAACAGCCAGAGCGUAGUGGCCACACCCCACGAGAAGAUUGUCCACAUCCUGUCCAACGCCGUGGGAGAGAUCCACAUGAAGACGAUGCCAGCUGCCAUGUACCGCUUGCUAACUGCCCAGGAGCAACCCGUUUACAUCUAGAACCGACCUCACCUUCUGACUCUAUCCUGACCCCUGACCCCCGACCCCCAGCAUCACUGCACCCUCUGUGUGUGAGGCAAUUACUCCCCCUCUCCCCAAACCCCAGCUCACCAUUGGAGAAUGAAGCUUAUAUAGCCUUAUGAGUGGACCUAUCAUGUGCUCUGGAUUACUCUCCAAUCCGAUUGUUUUGCUGUGGAGAGUAGAGGUGGGCUGUACCAGACAGCUUGUUCAAGCCCCUCCCAUCCCGAGGGUCGUUUCGCCUCUCUCUCUCUCCUCUCUCUCUCUCUCUCUCUCUCUCUCUCUCUCUCUCUCUCUCAUGUUAGGGUUACCUCUGUGUUCUCCCACAACACAAACAAGAAGAGAGGGAGUGUGAAACCUGCUGAUUAACAAGUUUUACCACUCUGAACAACCAAUCACAUAUUCUUCCUCAUAACAUUCCACACCUUCCAGCUAACAUUAACGAGAGUCGAGGCAGAGGAUGAAAGACUCUGGUAGCCCACCAGAACAGAUGAAGAAAACAAAUCCUUCCCAACUUUCCAACUUUAGUUUUUCCCUUUCUUUUGGCUCCAGAAUGUUUUUAUGGCUGAGAUUUGGGCUGAUUUAUCCAGCAUUCCAAGCUGCUUUCUCUCUUCUCUAUGCCCAGACAUCUGUUAUUGUCUGAACUCUUCUCAUCCAGAGGAGGUACACUAUCAAUCAAAUUCAAUCUAAUGUAUUUCUAAAGCCCUUCUUACAUCAGCUGAUGUCUCAAAGUGCUGUAUAGAAACCCAACCUAAAACCCCCAACAGCAAACAAUGUAGAUGUAGAAGCACUACACCCACUCAAUGAUUUACAACCUUCAAAGGAAUCCAUGUUCCCUUACAAAAACAUACGCGUUGUCCAGGAAAACCAGUUCUACAAGCCCGGAGACUCGGCUCGGCUCCAGUCACGUGCACGGCUUAUAUUGGUCUAUUCACAUUCUCACGUGCACGGUUUAUUUCCACCCUGGGAAGAGCAGGGGAAGAACUGGAUCAUCAAACCUUGAACAACAUUAAGGAUUUUACAGGCACUCUGACCGGUGCUACGUGAUGUAUUCCAUCCAGACCCAUGUAUAUUCUGAAUAUAAUAUAUGACUUUGUCUGGUCUGAUGGAGCAACAGGGGGUGAUGGGUUUUGUCUGGUCUGAUGGAGCAACAGGGGGUGAUGGGUUUUGUCUGGUCUGAUGGAGCAACAGGGAGUGAUGGGUUAUGUAUGGUCUGAUGGAGCAACAGGGAGUGAUGGGUUAUGUAUGGUCUGAUGGAGCAACAGGGGUGAUGGGUUUUGUCUGGUCUGAUGGAGCAACAGGGAGUGAUGGGUUAUGUAUGGUCUGAUGGAGCAACAGGGGGUAAUGGGUUUUGUCUGGUCUGAUGGAGCAACAGGGAGUGAUGGGUUUUGUCUGGUCUGAUGGAGCAACAGGGGGUGAUGGGUUUUGUCUGGUCUGAUGGAGCAACAGGGGUGAUGGGCUUUGUCUGGUCUGAUGGAGCAACAGGGAGUGAUGGGUUUUGUCUGGUCUGAUGGAGCAACAGGGGGUGAUGGGUUUUGUCUGGUCUGAUGGAGCAACAGGGAGUGAUGGGCUUUGUCUGGUCUGAUGGAGCAACAGGGGGUGAUGGGCUUUGUCUGGUCUGAUGGAGCAACAGGGGUGAUGGGUUUUGUCUGGUCUGAUGGAGCAACAGGGAGUGAUGGGUUUUGUCUGGUCUGAUGGAGCAACAGGGAGUGAUGGGUUUUGUCUGGUCUGAUGGAGCAACAGGGGGUGAUGGGCUUUGUCUGGUCUGAUGGAGCAACAGGGAGUGAUGGGUUAUGUCUGGUCUGAUGGAGCAACAGGGAGUGAUGGGUUUUGUCUGGUCUGAUGGAGCAACAGGGGGUGAUGGGUUUUGUCUGGUCUGAUGGAGCAACAGGGAGUGAUGGGUUAUGUCUGGUCUGAUGGAGCAACAGGGUGAUGGACUGUCUUUGUGCCUCCUGGGAAAACAGGUUGUAGCUGAAUACUGUAGUACGAUAGUUCACCAGGGUUUCUGCUGAAACAGAACACAUCCAUCUAAAUCAGAGGAUAGAUAGCAGAAGAGAUUACCCAGACUGAAGCACCAAGUUAAGCGUCUUCAUUUUUGUUAUGCUGAAAAUUGGAUUAGAUUGUGCACCAAACUGAAGUUAGGGUUAGGAUUAGACUGUGUUACAAUACCAACUAAAUAGUUCAAUGAUAUUAUUUUGUAUUUUAUUUUGUAAUGGAGAAAUGUACAUUCCACUGUCUUAUUUAAUAGACACAAUUUGUUUUUAUUUUGUCUUGAAUUUAAUCUGCAGUAUUUAUGCGAGACCAUAUUGUAAUUGUGUUCGUAGAACAUAACAUAUUAUAGUGCAUUGCAUUUAGAUCUCUAUCUUUAUACUUGAAGGAUGUUCAUCAUAGUACAGGAAAUGGGCUAUUAUUUUGUUGUUUUAAAAAAAAACGAAUUUAUGCUUUUAUUUUUAGAUGUAAUUUUGUUAUCUGGCAGAUGUGAUGAAUUUAAGGUACUUUGAAUCAACAUAAUCUCACAGUUUUCUGGUGUACUUUUAUUCACAAAUGAUCAGUGAUCUGCUGCAUGAAGGGGCUAGACUACAAGGGGUUAAAUAGGCUACAGCAGGGCUCCCCAACUGGCGGCUCGCGGUUCAUUUUACUUGGCCACCCAGGUUUUCCACAUCAACAAAAAUAUAUAUUUAUAUACACUACCGAUCAAAAGUUUGGACACACCUACUC